GCUUCAUUCCAAUCCAAACUAUCGGCAACGUAUUUGUACGGACGGGAAUUUUUUAAAAUAAAAAAAAGAAAUUUUUUUUGAUCAGAAAAUAAAAAAUAUAAAAAAUCGAAUUAAUUUCAUUUUUUAUGUUCGGUUUUUGAAUAAUCAUGCAAUUUGUGAAUUCAUCAAAAAUUAAUAAUAUCUUCUAUAAUAAUUCAUGUGCUAUAUUGAGUGCUGCUGCUCCUAUUACCAUUGAAAAUUGUAAUACAACAAUUAAACAAGAAAAUACUUUUAUUAUAAAUUCAAACGAAAACCAACCUCAAUCUAUAAGAUAUAAAAAAGUGCAAAAUCGAAAUCUUAUACCAUCUUGAUUUCGACUAUAAUUUAGUUACUUAUAUAAAAUAAUUUUUUAGUUAAAAGGAAAAUUUAAAAAAAAAAGGUGAUUUAAUUUAUAUAGAAAAGGAAAAAAAAGCAGAAAAAAAAACGAAAAGAAUAAAAAAAAAAUAAAUUUUUUUAAAAAAAUUUUAUUUGUUUCUUUUGAUGUUUUUUUGUUUUUUCUAAAUUUACUAAAUAAAUUUUUUUUUAUCGGUGAAAACCGAAAGCAAAGAUUUACAACCAAGUGAAGUGAUUUCAUUCGAUUUCUUGAAAUUUUUCUUUCUUAAUUAAAAUAUACACUUUGCUUUCAUAACAUACUUAAAUAAUAUUUGAAAUUUAUUUUUAAUUAAAAAAAAUUAUUUGAAAUUUAAAAAGAAAACUUUUUGUAAAAUUACAUAAAAUAUUUGUGGUACUCUGAUUUUAUAUUGAAUUUGAAAAAUUAAUAAAUUCGAAGAAAAUGCCGAAGAAAAAUAAUCACAGAAAAGGAAAAGGUCGUGGCGGCGACUCAAAUUCUGAAGAUGAAUCAAUCAUUGAUAAUAUGAGUGUAUACUCAUAUCAAUCAGAGAAUGCUACAUCAACUGAAGAAUCAGAUGAAGUUGUUCAAAAUGAAAAAUAUGAAGAGAAAUUUAUACAAAAUUUGGAGAAUGCAACAGAAAAAUCAGCACAGACAAGAGCAUUAGCAUUACAAGCAUUAUGUGAAAUAUUAAUGCAUCGUUAUAUGCCAGAUUUUGUUGAAGAUCGUAAAAUAACUUUACUUGAUGUCAUUGAAAAAUCUAUACGUCGUGGUAAAGGAUUAGAACAAGUUUGGGCAGCACGUUUAGCACCAUUACUUGUUUUACAAUUGGGUGGAGAAGAAAGUAUUACCAAAUCAUUGAAUCAAUUUUUAUUAACAACAAUGUUAGAUAAAUCUGUAACAUUUGAUGCUAGAGCAAAAUGCUGUACUGCACUUGGUUUAUUAAAUUUUUUGGCUGGUUAUGAUAUUGGGGAUCUUUUAAAUUUGAUGCAAUUCUUUGAACAAAUAUUCAGUGGCAGUUAUUUACGUGAUGAAAAAUCACCAGUUUCUGUUAAUUCUGAUGCUGGAGUUUUACAUGCUGAAGCAUUAACUGCAUGGGGUUUAUUACUUACAUUGAUACCAUCCGGUGAUUUUGUCAAUUUAAUGAAUAGUGGACAACAAAUGCUUCCAUCAGUAAAGAAACUAUCUGGUUUAUUACAAUCACCACAUUUAGAUGUACGUAUGGCUGCUGGUGAAACAAUUGCUUUAAUAUUGGAAAGUGGUCGUAAUCAUAAUGAAGAUUUUUUGGAAAGUGAUUUAGAUGAUUUGAUUGAUAUUGCCAAACAGUUAGCAACUGAUUCACAUAAGUAUCGUGCUAAAAAAGACCGUAAAACACAAAGAGCAACAUUCAGAGACCUUUUAAGAUAUUUGGAAGAGGAUAUUUCACCAGAAAUAACAAUACGUUUUGGUACUGAAUCAUUAGUUUUGGACACAUGGGCAAUACAUCAUCAAUAUACAGCAAUAUGUGCAAUAACUGGUCCCGGAAUGACAUGUCAUUUACAAGAAAAUGAAUUUGUUAGAGAAGUUUUAAGUUUGGGCCCAAAAGUUGUCCCAGAUCCACACGUUAAAGCUCAUAAACAAACGAAAUUGGAAAGACAUUUGGUGAAUGCCGCUGCGUUUAAAGCACGUACAAUUAGCAGAGGGAAAAAUCGAGAUAAAAGAUCAGCCGUUUUUAAUUAAUUUGAAGGAAAAAAUUUCAAAAAAAAUUUUAUAAAAUAUGCGAUCUUUUUUUUUUUGAUAAUUGUUUAAAUAUUUUAUUUUUCCAAGAUAAUUGAAUUAUCUUCUUGAAUUUUAUAAUUAUUACAAAACUUUUUAAUGAAAUAUUAUAGAAUGAAAAUUAUAAACGAAAUCUUAUUCAUUAAUUCAAAAAAAUAUUAAUUUUAUAAAAAUGCUAAUGACGCUUUUACUUAUUAUUUUGAAAUUUUUUUUAUUUUUUUAGACCUGAGUUGUCAUAAAUUAAAUACUUUAUGCAUAUAUUAAAUAUUUUCAUUGGAAUUAUUCAAAUAAAUUUUCGUAUAAUAUUCUUAAAAUAUUAUAUAAUUUUAUAUUUUAGAUUGUAUUUAAAAUUAAUAUUAAUACAUUAAAUUUGAGAAUUCAUGAUAAUUUGCAUUCUUUCCUACUUUUUUAAUUUUCUUUUUUGUUUUUUUUUUGCUAAUUUAUAUAUUAUUAAUUAAUGAAUACAAUUCUUUAAACAAAAUUAAAAUUUCUUGAAUUGUAUAAAUAAAAUAAAAAUUUUAUUUUUAAUUAAAUCAAUUUUGUAAAGAUAAUUAAUUAAUAAAUAAAUAACUUUUUAAGAUAAUGAAAAGUUUUAGCAUAGAAAAUUUAGAAGAAUGUAAUACAUUAGAAGGGAAAAAUAGUAGUAAUUUUGAAUUUUGAAAUAAAAAAUAAUUAUUAUUUCUUUUUUUUUGUGUGUAUGUAUAUUAGUAUACUUAUAUUUAAAAAGAAAAAAAAUUAGAUGACUGUGAAGUUAUAAUAUUAUAAUAUAAUUGUAUAAUAUAUAUAAAUCAUAUCAGUAUAUUAUGCGCAUCUUCAAUUUUGUACCGCGUUUGUAUUUUACUCAAUUUAUUUCAAUUAAAUCAGUUUAAUUAAAUUGAUAUAUAUGGGUCUCUGUACAGUGUCUUCUUCUUUGAACUUAGAAAAUAUUCUAUUAUUUUCUCUUUCACAUUAUUCUUUAAUGAAUAACUAAGAGCAACAUUUUUUUACAUCUUAUAUAUUAAUUUUGAAGGGAGAAAAUGAAGAUUGAGGAAAAUAAGUGGACAUAAAUGUGUACAUAGUUUCCAAAUAUGAAUACUGUAUUUAAAAAAUAAUUUUAUUUUCUGAAAUAAAUUGAAUAAAAUAUAAAUAAUUGUAAAUUUUUAUUUCGUUUUAAGUGAUUUGAAUAAUACAAUUUUCUUAAUUUAUACAAUUGGUUUUGGAAAUUUUUUUUUAUUUUUUUAUGAUUUAUUGUUGAGUUUUACAAAAGCAAAAAAUUAUUUUCAAAUAAUUGAAAUUUUAUUUUUCUAAUCUACUAACAUUCUAAUUUUAAUUUUAUUUUGAUAAAAAUUUUUCAUGAGUGUACCAUGCAUCAUAGUUCAAAAAUAUGUAAACACAUAUUCUAAUUUUCUUAUUGAAUUUGAAUUAAAAAACUUACCAUUUUAUAUAUAUCAUAUUUUCUUCGACUCCUCACAUUAUCUGGUAGGAUAUUCUUCAAUUAUAUUGUGAUUUCAGUAUAAAACGACAAAUUUCAACAUUUGGAUUUGAUUCUGGAAACUGCAAUCUAUUAAAAUAAUAUCCUAUCAAAUCUUGUCAGGCGUCUUAGUAAAUUAGAUUUAUUGAAAAUAAAUAUUAAGUAAUAUAAUAAUUUUAAUGAAAUUAUGUAUUCUUUGUCAUGCAUGUGUACAUUUAAUAUUAUUUGAACAAGGAAAAA